GGUUCAUCUAUAUUUCCAUUUUUUACAUCCUUAUUAGUGAUGCACUAAGUAAGAAAAGGAAUUUACAUAAAGCUUCCAUGGCCUACAACUCUUCUAGAGAAAUUGGGGAUGCCAUUAAACCCAAUCAAUUGCUCAUUUGGUAUAGUUUUGAUUCUUGAAAACUUGCAAAAUGACUCAGUACAAUGGACACCAAACUUCUGAGGGCUAUGCGCAUAAGGAGUCAAAUCCACAUUCUCAUCCUGCAAAUGGAGUUCCUUCGAUGCCAUCACAGCAAUCUCAGCGUCGCGACGAUCGACGCUCUUCUUCUAAACCACAAACCAGUCAAAGGAUCAAUCAACCUUUGGAAAGCAAUCAAAUAGCGGCGGGUUAUACUCGCAAUCCUGAAAUGGGCAUCCAUGAUAACCAUAUGCAACAGAGGCAUAGGGUUGGUUCAAGCAGGAGCAACAGAGAUCAAAAUCCCAACGGAUCAAAUUCUCAAACAUGGAGGCCUGUGACCAACUCGAAUCAAGUUCCCGCACCACCAAUGGCAUACCGGCAGAAUCAAGUUCAGCCGACAACGGCUGCGUACAGACCUAGUCAAGCUCAGGCACCAGCGGUGGCGUUCAGAACGAGUCAAGUCCAGGCACCAACAAUGUCAUGCAGACCGAAUCAUGUUCAGGCACCAACAAUGGCGAACAGAACGAUUCAGGUUCAGGCACCAACAAUGCCACAAAGAACUCAUCAGGAAAUGUCAACUCGUAGCCAUGAGGUAGCAACAGUAGAAGUUGGAGUAAUGCCCUUGGAGGCAUACGGAGGCCGCAUAUGGUCAUAUGAAGAACUCAGAGCAGCAUAUGGUGCAAACCCGGCUCAGGUAUAUGCCACUCGACAAGCUAAAGGAUCAUUAGCGGCAUCAAGCUCAAGCCUCGGAGAGAAUCCCCGAUACAGGAUAGCAGGGCAAUUCGCCGCUCAACAGGUUGCAAGUCCGCCGGUAGCUUCACAAUAUGCAACUACAUUGACGGUUCAACAAGGCCCGCAACCAUACAACUUUUCUGCUCUGCAGGACCCAAUAUCAUCUGAUGACCUGUCUCUGUGGAUUCAACAACGAGAACGAAUACACUUUGGUAAUUUAUCUACAAUGAUGCAACACCAGAAUCCAACACCAUAUAUCAGUUCAUCUAGAAUGGUCGAACCACAAAAUCUAUCAACUUGUCCUCAAGAUCAGCCUGGAGAAGAAGAACUAUAUCCACCUAAUAUAACUCAGGAUGAUCUCCCAGACAGGGUAGACAAUGAACUUGACAGGGUAUUCAAACACGAUAAGGUGAAUUGGUCAGUGCAUGCUCAAUUACUUCCCAACAAGCCGAACGCCUUAGGACCAAUGGUACAUAGCAGUUUCAGGCAUGUAGGAUCAACAGAGUUAACGAAACUCCAAGAGCUAAUCGAAAGGGAAGGUACCAUCCGGUUACUCUGCAGUUACUUCAAAAAAAUCUAUCCACCCUCCACUCCCACCAACACCAGCAGUAACAACACCUCCAACGGUUUCAACUACACGGGGAAUAACAAUUGUAUGUCAGUUCCACCACGGACUCAUGUUCAUGGCAGGAACAGUAAUGACGAGCGGAGAGCUGUACCAAAUAACAGUAGUUGGCCAACUCCACUAGUGAGUGAUCAAGUUCACGGCAACAUAGAUGAUGGCACGUCUGAUGAUCUGGGCUAAUAUUUCGUUGGAAAU